UGUUUUCUUUUCUUGCAUUUUUCACUUUUCAACACCGACUGAGCGUUGUUUUGCUAAAAUUUACGAAAAAAGAAAAAAGUUUUGAAUUUUACCGCAAAUGAAGUGCAAAUAAUCGAAACCCCUGUUCCGUGACCACUAAACAAACGAUGAAUUUUGUUUUACCAUCUUUUCGCAGUUUCAUCCCAAACGAUCAGCUGAAGCGGGAUGGACUCUACCUUCAACAGCAUCUUCCACCGCAGUUGCUUCCACAGGCGCAUCUACAGCUGCACCAUCAUCAAUCUCAACAGCACCACCCACAGUUGCACCAUCACCCGCAGCAGCAGCCACAGCAUCAGUCCGGCAGUACCACUACUCACAUCGUCGUAGAAAAUGACCAAUCGGGACCCGUGGAGAUGAUACCGAUUGUGAAUUUGAAAAAGGAGCUGGACCCAUACGAGCAGAUGACUCCACCGGUAUCUCAAAACGUUGUGGUGCAGACGAUUCCCCACCAGGUCAACAUAUCACAACUAAUGGGACAGGAAUCUGCCUCGCAACCCACUGCCAUUGCAACGAAUACGACCCCCACGACGACCGGCAAAAAGAAAAAGAAACCUAAGGCGCCCAAAGCGAUCGUCCUGCCACCGCUGCCGGAAGGAUUCAUCGUCAAGAUCAAGGAGGAGUACACCGAGAACUACGUCCGGACGGUGACCAAGAUCCCGGAGGAUCAGUUCAUUCGCACAAUCAAACCGGCGGGCAAGAAGGAACGAAAGUACCACGACUACAACCAGGUCAGCGAGUACCGGUGCGAACUGUGCGGGAAGUAUUUCAAAGACAAGUACAAGCUCAACUACCACGUGAGGAUUCACAGCCCGGAGCUGUCCCACAGGUCUUCUUUCAGGUGCGACAUCUGUGGCAAGGUGUUUGCCCACCAGUCCACACUCAGCAAUCACAAACGGAUUCAUUCGGGCGAACGAGCUUUCAAGUGCGGAACCUGUGGAAAGGCGUUCGUGCAAAGCUCAGCCCUAUCGAAUCACACCAAGAUCCACACCGGCGAGCGACCGCACGAGUGUCUGAUCUGCGGCAUCAGUUUCAUCCAGAAGAUCAACCUGAUCUACCACAUCCGGAUUCACAACAACGAGCGCCCGUACCGGUGCAACGUGUGCAACAAGUCAUUCAUUCAGCAAAGUCAUAUCAAGAACCACAUGAAAGUUCACAAGAAGGACAACCCACUGGAUUGUAGCAUUUGCGGGAAAAACUACACGGAUCUCAACGAGCUGACUGAUCACUAUUCCUCGCACACGGUCGAGUUGCCAUUUCGCUGCCAAACCUGCGGCAAAUGUUUCGCCCAGGCGAACCAUCUCAAAAUUCACAAGAAAAACUUUUGCAAUAAAACGACGACGGCGACGACGCAGCCGACGGCCCAAACUUAGACUGGCGCGCAAACUUUUCGCUAGUCGCGCCCGGGCGUUCGUUCGAAACUGAAGUCGAUUGCCGUGAAUCGAUUUUACACUAGGCACUUGCUGUGUUUCAGGUUGAAUAAUCGAAAGCAAUUCGGUUUUCGGUUCGUUCUAAUCUUAUUUGAACAGUUUUGCGCUACCAUUGGGCCAUUGUUGAGUUCCCCGAUAGGGAUAGAAAGAUUUAUUAGAGUUAAAUUAUUUCCUCAGUUUUAGUCAGCUCAGCUUGCAGCGGCAAUCAAAAUAAAUGAAAACAAAAACUCUUAGGAGCUCCUAGUGCUUAUAGCUAGAUCUUCUGUUGAAACUGUAUACUUUUGUGAUAGUUAAGCUUAAAAACUGUUUUAACUCUACACUACUUCAAUUGUCGUGCGUGUAUUGGUACAAUUACAAUUAGAAAACCCGCAUUAUGGUAUCCACCAUACUCGUUGAUGCGUAUUUAACGAAACGGUUGGUUAGGCAUUUUAAACGUUUUCCAGUCGAAACUGUAGGAUGACCCAGAUUUAAUUGAAAAGCUAUUCUGGAAAUAUAAUAGCCAAGAUAAUUA